AUGAUGAUGCUGCUGCCGCUGCUCUGCCUGACAUCUCCGCGCCGUGGCCAGCUGUCACCCCCGGCAUUGGUCCGCCGAGCAGACACACGUAGCCGCGUCACCCGCCCCCCUCCACCGUCCUCCCCUCCACCCUCCACCGUCCUCCCCUCCACCGUCCUCCGGCUCCGGCAUACUGUUGAGCCGGCGAGCGGCGGGACAGCAGCCCAGGCAGCUCCACCACGCUGCCGCUGCAGCCGCCACCCGGUCUCCCCCGGUCCCCCCCGGUCCCACCGGUCCCAACCGGCUCGGCCCGGACGGACGUCUCCACCGACGCUCAGAGCGACCGUGUCUGAGUCCCCCACCGUGUGCAGCAGCACCAUGGCAGCUAUGGGACCCGAGGGCAGCGCUGGGACGGAGCGAGGCGAGACGGGACGGCAGGACCACGUCCCCGUGACGACGCACAUGCACAACGGCGAGGGCCCUGACCCGCGGCAGACUGUGGUGCACCGGCGGAGCUGCGUCCAGGCCGACAUCGGGCAUCGUAAGAGCAAGACGUCGGGCCGGGGCCCCCCGGCCGCCCCCCUGCAAGCGGCGGGGGCCCGGGCCGGGCGCACCUGGGCGGCGCGCCGGCCGCCGGAGAGACUCCGUACAGGUGAGCAGGGCUGCAGAGGUACCGGCUGA